AUGGCUUCUUCGAAACUGCGCCAACGUACCGGCGACCCAUACUGGCUUCAUAGCUUCCUCCAACAAACGCCAACCAGCGUUCCAACUCAUUCUGCUGCGUAUCACUCAAAGAACACUGUCGGGUAUAAUAGCACCAUACUCGAAGCACCCAAGGCGAAGAUUCGCCUGACAUUUGAGGUCAACACUCUCUCCCAUUUCCACAUUGCGAAGGAGUUCUUGCCGGCCAUGAUCAAAGCCAACCAUGGUCACGUGGUGACAGUCGCCACCAGCGUUCUAGCUUUCCACGAGGGUCUACGCCAGGAGCUCAAGUAUUCAUAUUGUGCGCCAAAUCAUUAUUCACCCAACCUGGGUUCAUACCCCUUGAUCAAGGCCUUGACCGAGAACGAAGGUAAUUUCAGCAGGCGUAUUCUCACUUGCCAGGUGGUCUCUACCGCCAUUUGUGAGCAGAUUCUGAAGCACCACGGUGGGCAGGUUAUUGUGCCUGGCUACCAAUCCCCAAUAUCCCUCGUGCGAGGUAUGCCUACUUGGAUUCCAGAAUGUGUGCGCACAUACGCCUCCAACUCUUUGAAGAGAAUACGCAAUCCUCAGGAUUCUGCUCAGGAUGUGCAGUAG